CUCCUCACACCGGCGGCUCAUCAGCGUCUAGGGAGGAUGUCGGUCGCUCCUGCGCGAUACACCCUUCCGCCAUCUGCCGGCCAUGGCCAUAUUGGCGCUCGAGGUAUCUCUCCUGGUAAUAGCGUAUCACCCAGGUCAGUCGAGUCUAAUCCGUACGCCCCGCCCGGCGGACUCAGAAUGUCAGAGUUUGGGAGGACUUACCUGGCUUAUAGGCCGUUUAUCACUCCCGCGCUGUUACUGACUAGCGCGAUGCUUCUGACACUGGCGAUGCAGCCUGGAGGGACACUGGGAACGUUUGUGGCGGUUGAGGAUGGCGGAUUUGGUGGGAAGGUGCAUGAUGGAAUGAUGGGCAAGGUCGGCUUGGGCAUCAGCGGGUGGUGUCAGCUAGACCAGGACGGGCCUACCUGCAAGUCAUACAAGAAGUCAGACUUUGUCUCCUCCUCCAAGUCGUUUCAGAUCCCAGGGCCUGACUCCCUCCAAGCAGGUCUUCAGAACGUCAUGGCAGCUCUCACAGCCCUCACCUGGCUUUCAGCCGUAUACCACAUCACCUCGGCCUUUCUCCACUUCUUCCUCCUAUUCGGCCUCUCGAUCCCCUGCGUGACCGAAGAAGAGGUGGUUCAGAAAGAAGUAGAUCUGAGGAUCAGGUGUGAGCGGCCCCCGUAUGAGGCGUAUGGCUGGGUGUGGUGGGCUUGGUGGGCGCACAGAAGGGGGCCGGUGGGGCAUCUUUUUGCGGCGCUCAUAGGGGUCAUUGGGCUGUGCGCGGUGAGUCCAGGAUGCACCGUGGGCCUCUUUGUCCCCGUCAUGGCACUCAUAUUCAGCGUGGACCCCAUAGUAUCGUCCGUAAGAUACUGCCUCCACGGUAAACACAACUUCAACACCUUCAACGAGCCCCCUUCACCCACUCCCGCAGCCAUCCUCCUCCCGCCCAAUUCCCGCCCCAUGCGCCACAUCCGCAAGACCGGCGGUCCAUCCUACUUUGCCAAUCCCGAGCGGGCCGAGUCCAUCUUCCCCGCUGACCCCCUUGCGCCUCCUCUGCCUUCCAUGACCGCCGCCCCCGCGGCCCCAUUAGACCCCGAGACGGUCCGCUGGCUCGCCGCGUACCCACUCGACCCAGACCUGGUUUCCCUUAUAGCGGAUCUCCGAGCCGGGGGCGAGUCGGAAGACUUUGUCUUGUCGGAUGUGGGACUGCUGUACCUUCGGCCCGAGACGGAGGAGGGGGAUGCUCUGCUCGUCCCGCCCGCCGGCCAGAUCCGGGGGGAGUUGCUCCAGGACGCCCACUUCGAGGUAUUGGAGGGAGGGGAUGAGGGCGGCUCGGCGCAUUGGGGUCCAGAAACGAUGCUGGCAAAGAUGGGCGAGACGUUCUGGUGGCCCGGCAUAGAAGAGGAUUGUCGAGAGUUGGUCGAGGGGUGUGCGAGGUGUCGAGGCGAUGGGCAGAUCAGGGACGUGGAACCCAAGCCGGGGUUGACGCCGUUACCGUUCACGGGGAUGAAGACGGACGGGGCGAUGACGGCCAUGAUGACGCAUGGGGAGAGCGCGAUGGCGGCGGAUAUGGCGUUUGCGAUGCGCAAGGCGGAGGAUGACGCU